GUGCACAUUGCCAUCAUCUUCCACGGCAGUCAUGUCUCGUCUCGUGGCAGCUCAGUUCGAGUGCAUAUAUCUGGUACGCGGCCGGCUACACGAUCCUCCUUCUCCUUGGCUUUGUUGCGGCUUGGCCUUGGCUAUGUGCCAGCAAUCCAACCACACAUCACUGCGAACCUACAUACCAAGACUCUGAACAGCAUUCUCAACACCUACUACGAUGUCUUGCCAUGGCUCUUGGUGGUCAAGACUUACUGCGACAGGAAGGUAUCAUCGCAUGAACUGCUAUCUAUCUCGCAGCCAUACUUCGCGCGAUCCGCGCAACAGCGCGCUGAGCACCGCGGCCUUCACUCUAUUCGGAGUGGCGACAUCGUAUAACGAUGUGAUAUAAAAUGGAACUGUCCAUUGUCUCUCACCCACAGUAGGUCAACCUUCAGCUUCUUUUCCCCGAUUUUCUCGUCUCUCCUCGGCAAGAUGAAGGUGUCUGCAACUUCUAUGCUUCCGGCGUUGGCCGGUGUGGCCAGCGCUGCAUACUCCAAGCAAGAAUACGUUUCUGGAGUCGUGCAUGAAGACAUCAUGCAGGAGAAGAUGAGACAAUGGCAAGCCCACGAGGCAGCAGGCGACUAUCUCAGCGACAAGUGGUCCGGAUUCUCAAGAUACGCUCAACAAUACCCUAUUCAGUGCAUAGACGGCCUUGCUGUUGCUGUAGCUGGUGACCCUCUUCAGACUUUCAAAUGUAAAGAUACCGAUUUGUAUGACUUCAAGUCGCACAAUGAGCUCGGAGGAAGCAACAGCUCCGGAUCUGGCUCCUGGGGAUGGACUUCUGAAGGUCGCGAGUUCGCUGCCAUUGGUCAGACCGAUGGCGUAGCAUUCGCAGAAGUCACCAGUACGGGGACAUUGGAAUAUCUCGGUCGUCUCCCGCAGCAACACACCGCGAACGUCUCACAAUGGCGUGAGAUCAAGACCAAUGGACCGUACCUGGUUGUCGGUUCCGAGGCUCCCGCUCAUGGCGUGCAGUUCUUCGACAUGCGCAAGCUCCUCACCCUCACGCCAGACCAACCGAAGACAUUCGACACCCGCACCGAUCUUACUGGCUGGUUCAAUGAACUUCCGGUGGGACGAUCUCACAACGUGGUCGUGAACGAAGAGAAGAACUACGUUGUUGCCGUUGGUGCUGCUCCAAGAGACGACGUAUGCGGGGGUGGCCUGAUCUUCGUCGACGUCCAAGACCCCAGUAACCCGAAGCGAACUGGCUGCGCGCCACAAGAUGGAUACAUCCACGAUGCGCAAUGCAUCGUCUACCGAGGUCCCGACGAGAAGUAUAGUGGCCGAGAUAUCUGCUACGGCUACAACGAGGACACUUUGACCAUCUACGAUGUGACCAACAAGAUCGGUAACAACGCCUCCACCAUCAUCUCCCGAACCCCCUACACGGGCGCGAGCUACACACACCAAGGCUGGGUCCUCGACCCCAACUGGCAAACCCAUCUGAUCAUCGACGACGAGCUCGACGAAGGUCUGCGACCCAACCGCACCAACCCUGAAUCACCAGCGCAGGACGGAUUCCCAGUCACCUACAUCUUCAACAUCGAAAGCCUCGAGAACCCCAUCAACACGGGCUACUACAAAUCCGACACGAGAUCGAUUGACCACAACCAGUACGUAUACGACGGUCUGGCCUACCAAUCCAACUACGGCGCCGGACUUCGCGUGUUGGAUGUCUCUUCAAUUCCCGAGCAAGAGGACGGUUCCGCCGUGGAAGAAAUUGCCUUUUUCGACAUCUACCCUGAAGACGACCAUCUCCCCGGCGGAGGCACUGCCGAGUUCGUCGGCACGUGGAACCACUACACGUAUCCAUCGGGAUUCGUGGUCGUCAACACGAUUGAGCGAGGCGCUUUUGUGGUGAAAUUGAGCAAGUUUAGUGGUCGUGGAAAGGGCAGUCGAUUGACGAGACGGGGUCAGAUGUCAUAAAAGUCGCCUGUCCGUUAUAUAAGAUGAAAUCUCCUGGAAAAAAUUAUAAGAACUAGAACUAGAGAUUAACAACUCCAGCAAUGGUUAGCUACCUACCUGUUAUGCUAGGUAGUAGAUGAUGAUGAUGAUGUGAUGAAAAACAAAUGUAUGAAAUCAAAUGAUAUCUUUGCAAGAG